GGGGCCCUGAGCCGCGUGCCCAUCAAGUUGGUGGGGGGAGAGGUAGAGGCAGCGAGCUGACUUGUGUUAUCAUGCCGAAGGGAGGAAGAAAAGGCGGUCACAAAGGUCGGGUGAGGCAGUAUACAAGUCCAGAAGAGAUAGAUGCUCAGAUUAAAGCUGAACAUGAAAAAGCUCGGGAAGCAGAACUUGAAGAAGGUGGUGAGGGAGUCUCCAAAGACCCCACCAAGGAAAAGAAGGAUCAGAGUUCAGAUGAGAGCGAUGAAGAUGAUGAUUACCAGCAAAAGCGUAAAGGAGUUGAAGGCCUUAUUGACAUAGAGAAUCCCAAUCGAGCAGCACAGGCAUCUAAAAAGGUCACCCAGCUUGAGCUGGAAGGUCCAAAAGAACUGUCACGAAGAGAAAGGGAGGAAAUCGAGAAACAGAAGGCAAAAGAACGUUAUAUGAAAAUGCAUCUAGCAGGAAAAACAGACCAAGCAAAGGCUGACCUGGCCCGCUUAGCAAUCAUCCGGAAACAGAGGGAAGAGGCAGCAAAAAAGAAGGAGGAAGAAAAGAAAUUAAAAGAUACAACGGGAGCAGCGGCCAAAGGAUUGCAAUCAAUGUCUCUUAAUAAAUAA